CUGCAAUUUCGCACUUCACAUGCCAAUGAGAAUGCGCCUGACAUUUUUCGUGUGUGAGUGAAGUUACCUCAGUUGGGCAGGAACCACGGAACGGACACGGUAUGUGGUAAUAAAGAGAGGGCAGCGAAUUCCUCCAGACGAUUUCAGCAUCACAUCUUAAUAUUACAUCCGGAGAAUGAACCACGUUUGGUAGAGAGAGCGACAAACACCACAAGCUGGAGAUACACUAGGUUUUUUUUUUGGAUCCACGCGAGGCCAUUGGAUCCAGGUAAUUGUGACAAGAUGGCCCAACAUAACACUGUUGCCGCCGGCGAAGACGACGAAUUUGCCCUCCUAUCCCACCAAUGGAGCCAGAUCACGACCGGGCUCCGCGCGUUGUUGAGGGAGACGAAGAAGGGGGUUGUUUACCUGUUGACGUCUAGGACUGUUCAGAGGAGUUUGAUAUGGUCGAUUUUGCUACUCACCGCGGCGGUCAUACUAUAUCUUGUUGCUGCGGUGGUCUACGUGGCCUCUUACUAUGUUUACCUGCCCAAACAGGUGCAUGAGCAGGAGGUUUAUCUGCAUUAUGGAUACGGCCAAAACCCGGUCGCGUUAACAAGCCUGAAGCUCCUCCCUGACCAACCGUACGAUAUAUCGGUUUCGUUGACGCUGCCUCUGACGCCGGAGAAUAUAAAGAGGGGGAAUUUCAUGGUGCUGAUCCACUUGCUGGAUACGGACCUGACGGAGCACACACCUGCUGGGGGGGCGGGGAUGUACAAUCCUGUUGUGUUGAUGGAUAAGACGACCGGGCAGACGGAUUUGGUGACGAGUCUCAGUUUGGGGCCAUUGAUGAAGUCCUCGACGGUGUUAUUGACAAGUGCGAGGCCGGCAAUUAUUCCUUAUACUGAUCCGUUGGUUUCGUUGGCGAAGAGGAUAUUGUUUUUGCCGUAUCACAUGUUGUUUACGCAACGGGCGGAUGCGACGAUGUUGAAGGUGAAGAUGGUGGAGGCGAUGGCUUUUGGGAGUGGGAGGGGUGACUCUUGGUUGAGAAAGGGGCAGGGACAGGGGGAGAAGAUGCCAAGGAGUAUGGUGGUGGAGGUGCAGGCUGGGCAGGGAUUGGGGGUAUAUGAAUGCCGGGUCGAAAUUGUGGCCAGGUUGAGGGGAUUGAGGUGGGUGAUGUAUGAAUGGCGUAUCCUGUCGUUUUUUGGAAUUACGGGGCUGUUUUGGGCGGUGGAGAUGGGGUGUUUGGCGUUGGGGAUUCUACUUCUCGGGGGUAUUCGUGGUAGCGAUCAGCAAAAGCAGAUUGAAGACUGGGAACCGAGGCAGGAACCGACGCUGGAACAGAGUCUGAUUAAGGAGGAAGAUGAGAUGUCGGAUACAGAAAGAACAUUUCCUACUGGGACGGGAGAACCGCCGUUGAGGUAUGAGAGUUCGUCGGGGCUGGAGGGGAAGAUUAAGAAGGAGGAAGGCGAGGGGGGAUUGGACCUUUUAAUGACCAAAUUGCCAGAUUUUGGUGAACAGGGGGAUGAUGAGGAGGAUGGGGAGGGGAGCGAUUGGAAGGACUCGGGCAUUGGGACGAGUACGAAUUAUAGUGAUGCUGCAAAGGGGGAGGCAGGGCCGAGGAGGAGAAGGGUGAUGUUUUCCGUCUUUUUUGGGGGGGUGGGGAGGGGGAAGGGUCUGAAGGUUAUCGUCCCCCAGUUUAAUGGGAGUUUUACUUUUGAGGUGGAGACGCACGUCCCGGAGAGGACGGCGAGGUGGGUGAGGAUGGUGUUGAUGGAUCAUUACAAGGGGGUGGAGACGAUGGAGGAGAAGAUUGGGAGGGCUCGUACCAUUGAUAGGACGGUGGAUCAUGGUAGGCUUCCUGAUGAGAAGACUCGGUUGGAUAUCCUACGGAAGGUGUCGGAGGCGAGUCAUAAAAUGUGGUGGAAUGUUGAGAUUGGGAUCAAUGCUCCUGGCCCGGGCAAGGUGUUGAUUCUGAGUGAUGGGAGUGUCAAGCUGUUUGGCUUUACUUGUGCGUUUGUGUACAGAUGGGUGGACCAGAAUGUUUUUGCUCAUCCUAAUCACGGUGGAGAUAAGGCGAUGAUGGGCCUACCCGCGGAGAAGUUGAAGCCUGAGUCGCCGAUUAUUCGGUGCUGGCCUGAUAGAGGGACAGGUGCCCUCGGUCCGGAAGGUGCACUUCGGCGGUGGGUUCCCGAGAGGUAG